AUGUCUCCUUACCCAGAACACACCAGUGGGAAAGACGUUUACCACAGAGGCCAUGUUAUGACAAUCAGUACCGAGUACAACAACAGAAACAAGGCUACGGAAGAUCAGCCAGCCCCACCUGUUGUAUAUGAAGGAGAAAACACUGACUCGGACACAUCUGCUUGGUCCUGUGGAGACCUCAUCACUUCCUCAUUCUGGGGCUACAAGACAGAAACAUACAGGUCCUCAUCACUUCCUCAUUCUGGGGCUACAAGACAGAAACAUACAGGUCCUCAUCACUUCCUCAUUCUGGGGCUACAAGACAGAAACAUACAGGUCCUCAUCACUUCCUCAUUCUGGGGCUACAAGACAGAAACAUACAGGUCCUCAUCACUUCCUCAUUCUGGGGCUACAAGACAGAAACAUACAGGUCCUCAUCACUUCCUCAUUCUGGGGCUACAAGACAGAAACAUACAGAUCCUCAUCACUUCCUCAUUCUGGGGCUACAAGACAGAAACAUACAGGUCCUCAUCACUUCCUCAUUCUGGGGCUACAAGACAGAAACAUACAGGUCCUCAUCACUUCCUCAUUCUGGGGCUACAAGACAGAAACAUACAGGUCCUCAUCACUUCCUCAUUCUGGGGCUACAAGACAGAAACAUACAGGUCCUCAUCACUUCCUCAUUCUGGGGCUACAAGACAGAAACAUACAGGUCCUCAUCACUUCCUCAUUAGAAGACAGAAACAUACAGGUCCUCAUCACUUCCUCAUUCUGGGGCUACAAGACAGAAACAUACAGAUCCUCAUCACUUCCUCAUUCUGGGGCUACAAGACAGAAACAUACAGGUCCUCAUCACUUCCUCAUUCUGGGGCUACAAGACAGAAACAUACAGGUCCUCAUCACUUCCUCAUUCUGGGGCUACAAGACAGAAACAUACAGGUCCUCAUCACUUCCUCAUUCUGGGGCUACAAGACAGAAACAUACAGAGAAGAAGAACAGCCCAGCGCAGGUGGACCCUUCUCCUCUGGCUCUCACAUGUCUUUGCCAACCAUCUGACGUGGGAAAUACUGACACAAAGGGAGGGAGAUGCAGAGAG